CCGAUAAUACAAAUCCGAAAAGUCCCAAUUUCUCCCUAAGAAAAGAGAGAGAAAGAGAGAGAGAGAGAGAGAGGAGAGAGAAAGUAAAUGGAUAGGGUGUUCUCAGUGGAUGAAAUGUCGGACCAAUUCUGGUCGCCGCCGCCGGGGCUGGCCAAGCCCGGCGGGCCGUCCACCAUGAACCGUAGCGAAUCGGAGUGGGCGUUCCAGCGCUUCCUCCAGGAGCAGGCCUCCCCGAAGGCCAAGCCGGCGGCCAGUAAUUGUAAUUCUAAUUCCUCCUCGGCCGGCGGAGAAGAAAACGAUGUCGUGGAGAUCAAGGUUCCCCGUCUCGACCGGAAUGAGGGGUCGAGCCAGAAUCGGACCAAUGCGAACAAUGUCCAUGUCAAUGGCAAUACUAAUAAUAAUAACGUCAACCGCACGGCCCACCCGCCGGUUUUUAAUGCGGUGCCGGAGAAUAUCUCGGUCGACUCCGAGGAGUACCAGGCCUUCCUCAAGAGCAAGCUCAACUUGGCUUGCGCCGCCGUUGCCUUGUCAAGGGCAUCAUAUGUCAUACCGCAAGAAUCUGCUGCUAAACCCGAAGACUCACAGGCUCCAAAGGCAGCACAGCUGGGAUCUAAAGGUCCUUCUAAAGGAGCACCAAAUGAACUCUCGAAUUCGCAAGAUAAGGAUGGCAGUGGUGUCCCACUUGGAAUUCCUUCAUUACCUACAAAGCAGAAGAAGAUUGCGGUCCCUGUGAGAUCGACAACAAGUGGAUCAUCAAGAGAUCAAUCAGAUGAUGAUGAAUUCGAAGGAGAAACUGCUACAACUGAUAAUAUGGAUCCAGCUGAUGCAAAGCGUGUAAGGAGAAUGCUCUCCAAUAGAGAAUCGGCUAGACGCUCGCGAAGAAGAAAGCAGGCCCAUUUGACCGAGCUAGAGACACAAGUUGCUCAACUUAGAGUUGAGAAUUCGUCUCUCCUCAAGCGCCUUGCAGACAUAAGCCAGAAAUACAGUGAAUCAGCAGUAGAUAACAGAGUCUUAAAGGCAGAUGUUGAAACAUUGAGAGCAAAGGUGAAGAUGGCCGAGGAGUCGGUGAAAAGAUUAACGGGACUAAACCCAAUGUUUCAUGCAAUUUCUGAGAUGUCCUCGGUGGGUGUGCCCCCAUUUGACGGUAGUCCUUCUGACACGUCAACUGAUGCUGCUGUUCCCGUUCGUGAUGACCAGAAUCACCAGUUUUAUCUGGCCAAUUCUAGCAAUCCUGUGUCCUCCUCUCAGGAUCCCAGAUUCAACAAUGGGGUGGCAGAGAUUACUUCCUCAGCUGAGAAUGGAGCCCAGAACAACGCCUCAGCUGGUAAGGCUGGUAAGCUGGGUCGGACAGCUUCGAUGCAAAGGGUCACAAGCUUAGAACACUUGCAGAAGCGGAUUCGAGGCAAUUAAGUCCCCGUGGUCCAUAGUGCAAGGGAAAGGAGUAGGAUUCUUAUUUAAGUGUAAUUAAGAGGACUUUCUAUCCAUCUCUAUUCGUUUAUCAACUGUGAUUCCACAUGUUUGCAUCAAAUGCAAGCAUCUGCAUAACAGUUUAUGUAAUUUCUGCUGCUUUAUCAUUUUAUAACCCCAUCUCUCAUCUCUCUCUUGAUGAAAA